CCCUCUCUCGCUCAGUCUCAUCGAAAACAUUCACCGGGUAGGACGUGUUUUCGUCGUCGCGACCAUUCAACGACUUUCGUGCGCAUUUGGUGUGAGUGUUGAGCUGUUGUAUGGAAGGGUAAACGUAUCGAGAGGAAGAGGGUUCAGUUGUUGUUUUCGUCCGUGCAUCGUUCGUUCCUUGACAACCCAGUGCUCAGCGCCGUGGUGUGGAAGCCUCUUCUAGCACUGUCUCCUAUGUGUCAAGGGUUGUUGUGAUCCCAAGAUCCUUUUUUCUCUGUGAAACGGAAGUGAUAUGUGAAAGCACCAGAUAGCUUGUGAAAUAUUGUGUAGGAGUUGCUGAUAAAAAAAAAGAAUCGCCCGAAAGAAAUUCCAACAGCCCUUUCGGGGUGGAUUUGCUGAACCCGAGAAAAGCACCGUUCGGCGAAAGUGGACACAAGUGAAAUAAAAAUAAACCCCACCCCCUCCCCCACCCGCGCCUGGUCAAUGUCGCUGAAAGUGACUAACGGGUGGCCUAAUGUGUAGCGUUGUGCCGUUCCCACCGAAGGGACACUGCCCAGCCAGCACACAUACGCCCUGCCGCACGCCGCACUCAAGCUAACAACGGCUACUGCACCCGGGGAUCGUAAACAUGGGGAUAUCAGAAGCGACAUUGUUUCCAUUAUUUAUCGGCCUGCUCGCCUGCUUGGCGGUGAAUGUAAUUGCUCUGAAAGUGAAUAAGGAUCCGCAGCAGCACCAGCAACGGUCACACACAGGUGGUCCGCUCGACCGAACCGGUCGGGCAGGAGGUGGUGGUUACACGUCGGCAAACGACGAUUUUGGCUACAUUUCCGAUGCCAUGCUGCCGGAUGUGCACGGCGACGGUGCGGGCUCGCCGCUCGGUGCAGCGGUGUCAAAGGGCGCCGGCAGUGCCAGCGGUGUACCACCGUUCAAGUCGGAUGUGUCCACCAGCCUGCCCGCUUUCUCUGGCACGGUCACCAACGCGAAAUCGCCGUUCGGGGCGGAUGAUCCGGACGAGGAGGAGCCGGACGAUGACGAGGACGAUGGGUACGAGGAUGGGGGCGAGCUGUUGGGAAACUUCGAUGAGGACAGCCGAGCGACGGAAGACCGAGGACCGAGCGGCCACAAGCACGACUCGCUGGAUUACACCGAUAACUUCGAGGUAGCGGCAAUCGAUCAGAUCGAGAGCUUCGGUGCGGGGAACGAUGGGACACCGCUGCCGGUGUUUCUGGUAGAGCCGAAAGGUGCUUAUGUCAUGAAGAAUCGACCCGCCAAGCUAUACUGCAAAGCGUCCCAUGCACUGCAGAUCUCGUUUAAGUGCAGCGGCAGCACAAAACCUCCACCGACGGAGAAAGAACACCACACCGAUCCGCACAGUGGCGUCCAGCUGCAGGAAGCGACGGCCACCAUCACCCGCGAGCUGGUCGACGAGUUCUUCGGCAAGGGCCCAUUCAAAUGCGAAUGCCGAGCAUACUCAUCCCGUGGCCACGUCAAGACACAACCGGUUACGAUCCAAGUGGCAACCAUUAAGAAACAAAUUAGCAUCUCACCGAAGAUCGUGCGCGUCGCCACGGGUGGUCGGGCCGAGCUGAACUGCAUCGCGAAUGCAACACCGGCGGCCAAAGUCGUGUGGCUGAAGAACAGUGUUCCGGUCCAGGCCAACCCACCUUUUGUACUGCUGACCGAGAACGCGCUGCUGAUUGCUCGAGUCGAAAUACAGGACAUGGCCAAUUAUACAUGUGUUGCGGAGAACAUCGCCGGCAAGCGCGUAUCAGACCCAGUUCCAAUCACCGUGUACGUUGAUGGAGGAUGGAGCUCAUGGGGUCCCUGGACGGACUGCAAAUGUCCCGGCCAUGGCAAGCAGGGCCAAAAACGUACCCGUGUGUGCAACAGUCCAGUGCCGAUGAAUAAUGGUGCACCUUGCAAAGGUGCUAGCACAGAGUCCACGCCCGACUGUCUGCCUUGCUCUGCCGGACGAUGGUCCAGUUGGUCCGAGUGGAGUGAGUGUGGCCCAGACUGCACCCAAAUUCGACAGCGCUCCUGUGUCGGUAGCUCGCCGGCCACUCAACUAGGGUCCGUACCAGUGGCUUCGGCUGCCUUGGUAGCUAACAGUUCCUCAGCCCAAGCAUUCGCGAUCGAUAGUGGAACUAUCGUCAAUUGUGCCGGAAAGAGUCAACAGUCCAUCAAAUGUACCGGGGGGCUAUGUAACUACACAGCGCAAGAUUCCAACUGGUCCGUCUACCUGUGGGUUACCUUGGUUGCUGCUUUCUGCCUAGGAGUGGUAUUUGCCGUGUCCAAAUUUCUACGAAGAAAGAAAACCAUUCCAGCUUAUAAUUUGGCUCGUUCAGAAAUGCCGACCGAAUAUUUCGCCAACGAGAGCAAAAAGCUGACCCAUUUCCAGCCAGAUCUGACGCAGAACACGGGCCCCAUCAAUUACGAGUACCCGAUGACAGCGUCCCUCCAGCCCCAUCUGGCCGGCCAUCACCCGCACCACCACCACCUACAGCAGCAGCAGCAUCAUCAUCAUCUGUCUUCGCUGCACCACCAGCACGGCAGCAGCCUGCUCGGGACGGUAGCCACCGGACACGGACAGCUUCAUCCCCAGUGCCAAUCGCAGCAAGCGCCAACCCUUCCGAUCGGGGGCCUCAAAUCGUCAUUGCCUUUGCCACGGUCCAAUUCCGAGCACCAUUACGACGUGCCCCAUUUGUGCAAUAACUACAUCUACCCGCUGGACAAAGUCAGCAUCAAUGAAUCAUACUCGUCGUCCACCUAUUCGAAGCGCGUGUGCAGCGUGGAGUCGCUCGAGACAUCGACCAACACAUCGGCCGAUUCCACCUACGACCAAGCGCCGAUGCUCCCGCCCAGCAGCUCGCCCGCCAUCCGCCCGACGACACUGGUGGAGGAGCCGUUCCGCGGCACGGAGGUGACGCACGCGACCCUAACGCCCGCCGGCGCCCUGCUCCGGCUCGCCACCUACUCGACCGCGCUGCUAAUCCCCGAGGGCGCCAUCCCGAAGCACCAGCGGCACAGCGUGGCGCUGUCGAUCGUGCGCGACGACAAGCACCACGUGCCGGUGCCGACCGGGCCGCGCUCGACCUACCUCAGCCCGGUCGUGUUCUGCGGCCCGGUCGACACGAAGGUAAACAAACCGAUCGUCCUGCAGCUGCCCCACUGCGCGGAGAACCUGUCCGACUGGGCGUUCUCGCUGUACAGCGCGCCGGACAACGUAACGCCCUGGUGCAAGGUCGUGACGAUCGGCGAGGAGACGCUCAACACGCCGGCCCUGGUGCAGAUCGACAAGCGGUACGCGUACGUGCUGACGGAAACGUUCGGCAAGUACGUGCUGGUGGGCGAAUCGGCCACCGACAUCCAGGAGCGGAUGGCGUGCAAAAAGCUGCGCCUGUUCAUCUGCGGCCCGUCGACCGUGCCCGACUUUUCCGACGUCAGCCUGCGGGUGUACAUCGUGGAGGAUAACCCGGGGGCGGAGGAGCGCUGCCGGCACUGCGAGCAGGAGAUCGGCGGCGUCCUGCUCGGCCGCAGCACGGUACUGCACUUUGCGGACGUCGGCCAGGCCGGGCUGAACAUCGACCUGCAGUGCGUCGGUGGCUGGCGGGCGAAAAGCUCGAGCGAGCGGCAAACGAUACCGUUCUCGCACGUGUGGAACAGCGCCUGCACGGCACUGCACUGCAGCUUUACCCUGUGCCGGACCGAGCACGACAAGUGUGACUUUAAGAUCGUGGUGCAGGCGUCGCAGGAUGUGCCGCAGGGGUUAGACGAGCGGCUAACCGCGAUCGGUGUGCCGGCCACGCUCAGCAUCUCCUCGUUCGUGCCGAUGGCAAAGGAUGGGCGCCAGUGUCAGCACUCCUCCAGCUCGUUCGAAACGAUGACGAUCUGUAGCGCUGGGUCGGGCGACCACAACACCAACCUGCUCGCGACCGAUCGCUUCCGGCUGUCGAAGGACGUCAAGCGGAAGCUGUGCCGGUGUCUCGAUCCGCCGACGCAGAAGCGCAACGAUUGGCGCAUGCUCGCCGCACACCUGAACGUGGACCGGUACCUGACGUACUUUGCGACCCGGCCCUCACCCACCGACCAGAUCCUCGACCUGUGGGAGUGUCGCAAUCGCGACCUGAACGCGCUGCAGCAGCUGAUCGAGAUCUGCCGCACGAUGGAGCGACCGGAUGCGGUGGCGAUACUGGAGCAGAUCCAGCCGGCGGCCCCGUGGGUGUAGGAAGUCCUGCACGAGGAAGCCCAGAACUAACGAAUAACCAAGCGAUGGCUGCGAUAGUAGGUCAAGUCACUCUUUAUAAAUAUUUAUAAUUCAUUAUCAACCAAACGGACACCGCCGCCUUGUCAGUGUGUUGCACCAGCCGAAGAAGGGUGCGGAGAAAUUGACUGACAGGCACACGGGCUCCGUUCUGCGGAACGGUUCGUCCGUCCUGUUACGUCCCUGUUUUUUUCUCCCCCUGACCCUUCCUCGCUCUUUCUCCCCCGAUCCGGGACUGGACUGGACAAUCCUAUCGGACAAUCUGUUAUUAACUCCGGCACUCUCGCGCAGACGAACUAGCCAGCGAACCCGUCUGCCAGUCGGGUAGUUGUCGGUUGUCACUCCACCCCUGACACUGACACGGCAACGGAUGCAAGGCGUCAUUGUACUGAUUGCAAUUGCACCGAUGUCCGAUGCUGUCCGUUUCGGAAAGAGCCCUUUCGAAGCCAGUUCAGGGGCCGAAAGGGUUCAGCUCGGAAAGGUCAGUGGUUGUGUUCGUCCGGGCGGGAUGCAUACGUUACACACUGGUUCAGAGCGCUAGUAGCAUCGAGACUCCUACGGAAGGAGAAGAUGUGUGGACGCUGAGACGACUGGCAUAAGGUGAUUUUGUGUUUUCGUUCUCCGUUUCACUCUGUACAAUGUAAUGUAGCUGCUUAAGAAGCUCUCACACACGGAGAUGCGCACAGUAAAUCUCAACCACGUAUCCUACGUAAGCUGUUAUUGCUCAAAUCAAGCAAAAGUUCAUCCAGUAGUACCACGCGGAGGAAGAAUUUGAACAAACCAGCAUUUUUGUACGAAACAUUGCCGUCUAUCAAGCUAUCGAACGACACACCAAACUCAUAUCAGUUGUUGUGCUAAUGAUACUACAACUUUCUUUCUUAUCAAUCUUCACCAAUUGGAUACCAUAAUCGAUGCAUACAGUGCGUAACACAGCUAUGGCAACACAUUUUGUUUUUGCAAAUAAAAAAAAACAAAAGUUGGAAAUGUUUGGUAGAUAACAGUCAAAUUCCAAAGACUAGCAAAUAUAAAUCUUGCCCAUUUCUAUUAGUAUUCUAACGAAUAGUUUAUUAAACGAAUCGAAUAUUUUAUUAAAAUGGUAUAAAAUUAAAAACAAGUAAUUUAUACCAUAUACCAGGAUCAAUAUCAUUGUUUUCAAUCGUUGCAUGGCGUAUAUCAUAAACCAAUAGCGAUUUUGUUUACUAAAUUUGUGAAUUACGCUAUUUAGUAUGCUGCGAAUCCCUCUUUUCGUAGUUAAAUAUUCUUCUUCACGUUUGUAAGGACGUGACAGAACGUUUUAUUGGAAUAAAUUCAAAAAUUGCACCGAACUGUUCAGUUAGCUGUGUUACGCACUGUAAUAGCAUUUUAUUUUAUUUCGAAUGAUUACUAUAACAUCGAUAUCUCCCUUGCAUUUCCAAACAAAAGAAGACAGCAUCACUUUCAGACGAAAAAAAACAAGAGUGAAUAUAAAAAAAACCCAAUAGAAUUAAUUAAUAAGACUGAUACAAAACUGUAUAAAUAAAAGCGGGCGAAGCGAAAUAAGAUAAUUACGCGCAGUUCAAACCUGCAUCUUGCGUGCACUAAUGUUAUGCUCUGUUGAAAAACGUAAAAUACCAAAAGAUAAACAUCGAACCACACGCGCAUUGCAUUAGAGAGGAUUCAGAUCUAGCCGAUCCUUUAGGUGGUGUGGCCAAUGGCGAAUGGAAUGGCAUCUACACUAAGUACUACUAUUCGAUAUAAGUUCGUACCAGUAGCGAGAUGUAAGGCUUAAUAUGUUGUGCAACACUGUCACAGCCAGUGUCGCUUUCAGUGUCCUUCCCAAGAAAACAAAACAAAAAUACGAUUGAGUUUAUGUACUGUAUAAAGUUUAUGUGAAAGUAAGUGAAAAAUCAUACCGUUAGAGUACGUUUCUCGUCCAGUGUUGUGAACUAUGUUAAAGAUGAUUUUAUCAUACUUUUUUUUUGGGGCGGAGGGUUCGAGAAACACCGCCACCGCAAGAUGUAAUCAUUCAGCACUAAUGUUUCCUUAGUAAUUAAAGUCUUUGGUAUCAUGCUAGAGUGUUGCUGCCAUAGAUAGACGUGCACCUGGAAGUCAAAAUCGGUGUACCAUCCUUUAGCAGUGACCGUUAAAACAGACGACAGGAAAAGAAGUGAUAAAAUAUUCAAAAUAUUUUAUGUUCGAUUACUCUCCUUCAAAGCCCUUAUUCUACUAUCAACGCUCUGCCCACUGCGGCUGAAAUUAUUAGUUGUCUAGUGUGUAGUGCACCAAGCAAAAACGAAUUCUACCGUAUCGAACUUAACCGGAAUUGCCUUUGUUCUAGUUUCUAUGAUUAUUCUUAACAAUGCUUUUAAAUUUAACGCUAUCGAGUGUACGCACGUACGCAGCUCAUGUUUUAGAUGUACUAAUUCAAACUUUAGUCUUCUACCUCAUUACAGGGUGUGGCAGGAAGGGAUGCUCAAAUCUUUCAAUUUCAAAGUCCAAAUUUAAUGAAUCCUCUGACCAGUGUAUACUUAUUAUAACCCAACAGAUCAAUUCAGAUUACCAAACUGGUUUGUUUGCAUCAAAAUCUUUACAGAAUGGUUUUUUGAUGUGAAAAUUAGUUUUCAAUUCAAUUAUCCAUUUUCAGAUAUGAAAAUAGAGCCUUCAAUUUGACUUCAAACACUCUUAAUUUGACCAUGCUGCUUAAUUCUGUGUUUAAAACAACAACACCAAGGUGUAUAUAUUUAUUUUGGAGAACCAAGUAUUGUUCUUAGAGUUGGGACAGUGUCUCUGAGGAUCAAAACGUUGUCCCAAAGAGGAAUAAGUUCCCAUCUAGUGAGUUAUCUUCAAAGGACUUAAUAAACAUAAGAACAUGCCAAAAAGUUGGGAAAAGUAUUUGCACAAAAUUAUAAGAAUUUUCGCAUUCCUCUCCACCACACUCUGUAGUAGAAUGGUUUACCAAGACGCGACAUGUUCCGUAUGUUACAAAUUUUAGGUUCAGGCACUGGAAUAUGAUGCAUGAAACAGAGUGGAUCUUACUAUAGGGACGGAAAAAAUCGUAGGUAAUGUGUAAAAAGUAUGUCCACGUACACCUGUGUGUAUUUGUUCAAAGAACCUUACGAUAAAAAUGAGAAACAUGCGCCAGGAAGACAAAAAAGGAAAGAGAAUACCUUGUAUUACACUGUAUAAGAGCAAUGCUGCUAAAUACUUCACAAAUGCCAAGUGCCAAGAGAAAAUGCUUGUUUCCCAUACAUAUUGUGCUCCUCUUCUUCUUUCUCUGUCACUGGUACUCACUCUCACUCUCCCCCCUUUCCCAGGAAUGGUCACCCCAUAACUAACGAACCCUCACACACAGAGUUUGAGGUUCGUUUAGAAUUGUCCUUUCAUGCACGGUGCGGCUAGUGGCCGCCCAUCCCACUGGGAUGAGCGCAUAUUUGUCAAGGACAGCACACACACACACACACACCGAAAAGGGACACGAAAGAAUACAACCGUCCCCGCAUUGUAUUCUGCUCAAACAUCAUAUUUCGCUCCCAAUCCCCUCUACUUCCGGCGGGUAGCCACCUCCUGGCGUGGCUUCCUUUCGGGACACGUGCUACAAAUCAACCAGCAUCUCGCUCGCUUGCAUACCCCCUGUGCCCACCAUUCACCGACACUCACUUCCGGUCUUGCUCGUCCGUCCGCCCGCCCGGUGGCAAUUAACUCAGCUGGAAACGAAAUUAAUUGUAAAACCGCACCGCGCGCGCAUCGGCUGCACCGCAACCGCAUUGUGCACACAAUGCACACACACACACAUGCACAAAAACACAAUGCACAACAAUGAGUAAAACAAAGAAGCAUCCCGACGACAGAAAUAUGAGCAUAAAUUGUCAAUAAAUUGUGGAAUGCAUGCACACACACACACAUUCUACGCCUUUUUGCUCUGUAGCCUUUUGCCCGGGCGCAGUUCCAGGAGAUGGCUGGGAGUCAUUUCUGCCACGGGGAAGGAUACAAUUUUAAAAUUGUUUCUGCUUUUUAGUUUGAUUUCUGUUUUUUUUUGUGCUGUUUGUUCCCCCCAGUUGCGUAGAUUCGGCACAGAGCAUAAAUGGUUGCCAUCAGUAGGGGAUGAUAAUGGUGUGUGCGCGUAUCGAAAAAAGCCUGAUUUUCUUUUUUUUUUGCCUUGGCCUAGGUCUAAAACGAACAACAGCGGCAAAAAAGCGCAACUAUUUCGCAAUGCAUUUGCAUACAUUGAUGCUGGGCGCUAUUAUUGCUAAAAUGUAUUCAAUUAGAGCACAUUUUCGAACAAUGGGCCCGUGCCUAUGACAGCGUCAGCUCGACCGGAAGACCCGACCGGAAGCCGCACGUUCGGCCUCAGUGGCUCUCUCGGUGCUUUUCUCCCGGCGCAGUCAUUAGCUUAAAACCUUUUCACCCAUCUCCCUUUGCUCUGGUGGGGACCAUUUGUAUGAUGGGAAUUGAUUUAUGGACGAUUUUCCAUAAUCGAUGACAGUAUCGGGCAGGAUAAUAUUUUCAAAUUAAAUAUCUGUCCCAAACUGACCUCCCCCCCCCCCUCCCUAGCGAUUCAAAUGUUGGAGCUCAAAUGGAGUGCUAGCAGGCAUAACCCGCUAGAGUUUCCGCGGUAGGAUGAGAGAACCAAUAGUAAGGAUUAAAACCGAUACACAAACAAACACAAAAAAGUGGUCCUCACGGUAGCGCGGACCGGUUCGUGCGCGAAUAUGCGGGCUUCGCUGGGCUCGCGAAGCUACGACUAAUGCACAAAAUAGUGCAAAUAACCUAAUGGAAGCGUUCCGAAACGGGAAUGGGAGCAAGUGGAGACAGAAUGGACAGGGCAGAUUGGGUAAAUGUUUCCCGUCUCGGUGUGUGACAGUUGAUGCGUAACGAACAUGGCACUCGACACACGAUGAGCAUAAUUAAAUCGACAUCGGUAGUGAACCGGAACACGGAUGGUCAGGAUACCGGCCUUAGGUCGCUAGGGCCAAGUGUACCGGGAGGAGAGUUUGGAGUGAGUGCGUGCGUGACAAGUGUGUGGCGCCUCGAUGCGUAAACACAUGUUGGUCAGCUUGAGAGAGAGAGAGAGAGAGAGAGAGAGAGAGAGAGAGAGAGAGA